UCAGACAGCCUUAGAGUGAUGACCCACGGGGUCCUCGGUGACCCCCGCCACCCCCAGGUCAUUAGGAUUGAGCUUCAGGGGGUGGGGCGGGUAAGUCUGCACCGACCCCACGCCACCCGCCCCUCUUUUCGGUUGUUUCCUGUGUUUGUGGUUAUGUAUAAACUAGAACAUCACUUCACCUUUUUGCUACUGCUGUAAACAUGGUCACACACACGAAGCCUCCCUCUCUCCGUCUCCUCACCUCACUCAGUUACCCCAGCUAGAGACCACUAUGAGAUGGAUGAGUAUUUAAUUUGUCACAGUCCUAGAUUACACACACACACACACACACACACACACACACACACACACACACACACACACACACACACACACACACACACACACACACACACACACACACACACACACACACACACACACACACACACACACACACACACACACACACAGUGGGCUAACCAGCAGAGAGCUCAUUUAGCAUGGGAGAUUUGUUUUCUGGUCUUGCUUCUAUAAAUAUAACGUGUAUACUUGGUGUAGACCUUUGCAUAUAUAUAUAAAUAUAUAUAUAAAACUUUGUAGUUUUUCUGGUUUUUGAUGUUGAAUCUGUAUCUAUAAUGUAUCUUAGUAGUGACCACAUACUUCUGACUGUAUAAUUGUACAUUUGUAAACCCUUGUAAUGUAAAAGUGCUUUACCACCCCUUUUUGGUAUCAGAAGAAAAAUAAUUAAAAACGAAUCACUCUGAAGAAAAAAAAAUUAGUUAAAAAAAAACAGCCCUGUGCAUUUCAGUGUAUAUUCUCACCUCCUUGGUUGUGAUAUAUAAGUUGUUGUAUAUUGUAAAUUGUAAUAUCAAAUUUUUUUGUUUUGAAAAGCCCUUUCUAUACAGCAUAGUACGUGUACAAAGAUUCGCCACGCUUGGUUUUAUCCUCUAUCUUGUCCCUGCUUAAAUUAAGAAACGUCGAUCUCCCGAUCAAAGGUCCCCGAUAACAUUUAGGUUCACUGUUAUUUUAUGUUUACGUUUAUAUCUAUUUUUUUUUUUUUUUUUUACUUUUUAUAGGAAUCUCCCCCUCCCCCUCCCCCCCUGGUUCUGCUGUAAAGCGCACACGUCUGUCUGGGUGUACGGGGGGCGGCUCGGAGACAUUCACUUUUCAUAAUUAACUUAAACCCGACCGCCCCCCGUCUCGCUCUGCCACAGAGGUGACCCCCCCCCCCCCUAUGGAUUGUACAGUGGAGAUCCUGGCUCGUUAUGAUUUGAUUUAGAUUUCUCUGUGGGUCUUUGUUUGGCAUCUCUCUAGUGCUGUCCGUGCUGUAUCAUACUGUCCACGUGUUUAUGGAGGCUCCGCCAGGGAGCGGUGUACAUUGGGGACGCAGCCUUGUGUAUAUUUACUACGAGCACACCUGUAACCAUAUGUGUAUAGUUAACAGAACCUGUGUAUGCUUAUUGCCUGGGCAACUAUUUUUUGUAACAACUGUUGUAGAUUGUCUCUAAACAAUUGUGUGAUCUUUAUUUUGAAACAAAACAACAAAAAAAACUUUCAAAAUUUCCCCAUUGUUUCGAGUGUGAUUAUUUAUUUUAUCCUGGUCACCUCGAUUUAAAUGCAUGUGGAUUUCCCAAAUGCAUUUUUUGUAUAUACAUUUUAUCUGUUGGGAAGGGGCGGUAUUUAUAUAUCUAUUUUGAUUUUUUUAGUAAACGGAUGGAUUUGACCUUUAAAAAACAAAAUAACAUUUUGUGUAUAGCCUAUAUACUUUUUUUUUCGGGUGGGAGGGGGGCUGUAUUUAUAUAUCUAUAUUGUUAUUUUGAAGUAAACAUCAGAUGUAUUUGACCUGAAGGGUCCCCUUUAGAUGGUGAAGAGUUAGGUUGCUGAGGCUCACCUGUAGAAACUGACUAUGGCAACACCAUCAAAUCCGAUUGAGUAGUGAUUAUUCCCUGGUCCAGUUAAUGCCAUAAAUAAGAACUGAACCAUCUAGUUUGAACCCCCUUCUCAGCGAUUAAACCCUGUAGGCGGUGUGCUUAUCGGGUUAUCUUUCUUAGUAAAUGCUCGUUGAGCAGGUUCCCAAAGGAGAUGAAUGUGCUGCGUGCGUUGCCCAUUCAUGUCCUCUUACGACAGUCCCGUGUUCGCGUAUUUAUAGACCAUGUAUGUUCUUCCGGAGGCUAAUAAAUGUCCCACCUAUGAGCGAGGGGUUUACUGAUGGUGCGGAUGCCUCGACAGGCUGCAGGGGGCAUCCUCGCCUCUAGUGGUGAUUCCCCCUCUGCAUCCUCAACACACGGCACGCACGCGUCGUUAUCCCGCGCACGCGCUUCCUUACUGCCAGCUUCUCGGGCCAGUCGGCGCCGGCGUACGGAACAUCCUGCCCUCGACGGAGAGGGGGAGGAGAGAAUCUCUGUAGGGGGAGAGCGAGCGGAGAGCUGAGAGCUGAGAUCUGGCGUGUCUCGGUAGUAAAUCUAUCAGAUUUAGGGGCACAGAAAGUCGACUCUGAAGAGGGGAGGCCGCGUGGAAUCUCCCGACAGUUCCCACACUAUUCAAUAGACGCUGGAGUCGCGAGCAGCAGCGUGUCCGUGUGGCUUUGAGUGAAGAAGAAGAAGAAGAAGAAGGGAUUAAAACACGCUAGACGGAUGGUAGCGCGGACGGUGGGUGCGCUCUGAAGUUGGGAGACUAGCGAACACAACGAGAAGACGCGCUUUUGUUUCCCCGCGAAGGCAGCAGCGGCACGAGAGGCUGCGCUCGCGCCCCGAGCAUGAAGCUGCCUUGUCUACUGGCGCUCGCGGCGCUGGUUGUUCACGCCGCCACGGGGCAGUCUCCCUCUAUAGACGACGAAGGCUCCGCCAGGGACGAGUUCUACGAUGACGAAGACCUCUUCUCAGGCUCCGGCUCGGGCUUUCCAGACAUCAGCGUGUCGCCGACCUCGGUAGGCGUGGUCUUCACCACCGAGGAGCCCCUCCCCCUCUCCACCACCCAGGCCACCGGCCCCGCCCCCUCGGCCCCGCCCGCGGCCGAGCCCAGCCCCAGCGCCGCCCCCGUCGGCACCCCGCUGCCCACCGAGGGCGACGGGGAGAGCGGCCUGGGCUGGGAGAGAGAGAGGGAGGGGGAGAGGGAGAGAGAGAGGGAGGAGAAGGAGCUGGAGAGGGAGCGGGAGAGGGAGCGGGAGAGGGAGACGGAGAGGGAGCGGGAGAGGGAGAGGGUCCGCGAGCUGGAGAGGGAGAAAGAGAGGGAGAGGGACAGAGAGAGGGAACGCGAGAGGGAGCGGGAGAGGCAGAGGGAGCUCGAGCGAAUCAGGGCCGCCGCCGCCGCAGCGGCCGCCGCCGCUGCCGCCCAGAGCACCACCGCAGCCCCGAGGUCCCCCGCUGGCGUCCCCGUAGCAACGGACAGCUCGGGCAUGGCGGCGGCCACGGUCAGCGCCGCGCCCUCUAGUGGCGUGGAGGACACGGGCGCCACGACGGCAGAGGAAGAGAGAGAGGACGAAGACGUCUACCUGUCCCCAGAGACCACACCGUACUACCCCGACAGCGUCCGAACCACCAUGACCGCCGAAGAAGAGGAAGUCAGCGAGGGCGACGUGUCCGACGCGUCAGAGACAACCGCGGCGCCCGGUACAGAAGCCCCAACCGCCACCACCGGCGGCAAGGUCAGGAUCCCCUUCAGGCCCAGGGUUCCCAUGACGACCGCCACUCAGCCGGCGCCCACAGAGAGGAGCGAUGCCACCACCAGCACACAGACGGAGGGUACCAACGAGGUGGCCGGCAGCGGGCCCAGCGGAGACUUUGAGAUCCGCGAGGAGGAACGGCGCAACGACCUGGGCCGGGGGCGUGGCGUGGACGUGGGGGCGGAGCCAGACCUCAUCGGCAACACGGUGGACACCGGGAGCUCGGCCGCCCAGCUGCCCCAGAAGAACAUCCUGGAGAGGAAGGAAGUCCUAAUAGCUGUAAUAGUUGGCGGUGUGGUGGGGGCGCUGUUCGCCGCCUUCCUGGUGAUGCUGCUGGUGUACCGCAUGAGGAAGAAGGACGAGGGGAGCUACACCCUGGAGGAGCCCAAGCAGGCCACCGUCACCUACCAGAAGCCCGACAAGCAGGAGGAGUUCUACGCAUAACCACCGCCAACACACACAAGAGGGCCAGAGAGAGAGAGAGAGAGAGAGAGGGAGAGAGAGAGAGAGAGAGAGAGAGAGAGAGAGAGAGAGAGAGAGAGAGAGAGAGAGAGAGAGAGAGAGAGAGAGAGAGAGAGAGAGAGAGAGAGGGAGAGAGGGAGAGAGGGAGAGAGAGAAUAGGAAAAUGAAAGAAGGAAAAACACUACCUCUCUCUUCUCCAAGCAGUGGCCUCUCUUUCUAGGACUUUGAACUUUCUAUUCAAUGAAAACAACAUUGAAAAAAGUGAUAAAAAGAAUUUAACCAAACAAACACCUAUACAAUUCCGGAUAUGUUCUGUAAUGAAAUUCUGAAACGCAUACACAGCAACAAUUUCUUUUUUUAAGUCAAUGUUACAAAUAUUCUGCGGGGUCUCUUAUUUCCAAUUGUAGUGAUAUGAUUAUUUUGUAGAAACCAUACACACACACACACACACACACACACACACACACACACACACACACACACACACACACACACACACACACACACACACACACACACACACACACACACAUACGCUCACACACACACACACACACACACACACACACACACACACACACACACACACACACACACACACACACACACACACACACACACACACACACACACACACACACACACACACACACACACACACACACACACACCCCACACAAACAACAACAGAAGGAUGGAUCGAGGUCUUAGACCCUGUGUUACAGAGAACCCUGUUCUACUGUUUCACGGGACUGAAUUAGUGAGGGAGACGGAGGAAUACAAUUUAAGCAUAAGGGGUGGAAGGGAGGAAGGGAGAGAGUGCCAGGAGGGACACAAAGAACGAAAGAGAUGUGAUAGAUUGUGCCCUUCACCCCCAACACACAGGGCCUCUGAUUGGCCAUGCAGAGAUGGGGGUCAAAGGUGAGGGGAAAGGUCUUUUCUGUGCCUUCCAUUCCUUCCGUGCUCACACACACACACACACACACACACACACACACACACACACACACACACACACACACACACACACACACACACACACACACACACACACACACACACACACACACACACACACACACACACACACACACACACACACACACAUACGCACAUACAUAAUAUGUGACUGCUGCAUAAACACAUAUAAGCACACAUAUAGAUCCUCACACUUCCAUCCCUACUGCUGGUGUCUCUGAUCCCUCUCUCUGUGCUUGGCCAACCAGAAAAGAAGGCGCUUAACCCUCCAUGCAUUCUAACAACGCCACGGGAUCGCUAGGGCGACACUGGCAGACAUCCAGCGAGGGAUUCUCUCGCUCCUAGAGAGGCACUCACAGCCUGCCUGCUCUUCUAAGCUGUACAAAAUAUUAGUUAUUGAAAAGUAAUAAUAAUAAUCAAUAAUAUAUCAAUGUUUCUGGGCUGGCUGGUGAUCAAUAAUAAAGAUAAUAGUAAUAAUGACAUUCAUUCUUAAAACAGGAGGAUGUGUAUUUUAGACGUUUAAAAAAAAAAAAGUUUAUUUGUAAAUAUGAGCAUAUUGUUUUCCUGUCCAUCACUCUUACUCAUCUGCAUGGCCAUUGAGUUUCUAUCCAUCGCACCCAUCGCCUACUAGAUGAGCUGUGCUCUCGUCAUCCAUGCACACACACAGACACCGACGUGCACAAACACAAACACACAUGCACACAAGCACGCACGACACUCGCUCACACACAGACACAGUCCCACGGACACACCUGACACAUGAACAGAUGUAGAGAAUAUUGCGUGCAUUUAAAUCUACAGCCGUCUGAUUACGCUGUAUAUGAUAUCUUUGGAAGAUGCACAUAUCCAAAUCAUUGCCAUCAUCGUCAUCACCAUCGUCAUCCUCUUUGUCAUCACUAGUGAGAUACGUCGGUUUAAUAUGUUGAUAUUGAUUAGGUAUGGAGCAGUCGCUGGCAGGGUUUUGGUCUAUUUGUGUACAAGCACAAUUACGUAUCAAGCCGUAAACUUCAUCCAAUCCCCUUGCAUGCCUCACUACUCCUCCACUAUUGGCUGUUUUGUUAGGGAGUGGGCGGGACUACUGGGGAACGU